AUGGCAACAAUAUUAAACACCACAACAUCCAAAGGAGCAGGAAAUUACAUUGGCGAAACCAAAAAGCAGCUUAGAGACGGUAAGAUCAGUCAGCUGUUUCAGUUCGUUUCUUCUCAGCAUUGGUUCGUGUUUUGUGUAACAGAUAAAGUUAUUUUUUAAGGUUUUGGUGUUUACAAUUACCCCAACAAAUUCUUCAGAUAUGAAGGCGAGUGGAGUAAGGGCAAGAAACAUGGUGGGUAGUUGUUAAUUGUAAAUUCUCUUGGAAUGAAUAUAAGCUUUAACAGGCCUUCAAAAUGUCUGACUGAGCCUGGAAAUUAAAACCUUUAAAGGACAGCUGUUAAUGAAUCAUCCUACAAAUUACCUUAUGUUUGUCUGACGGAGAUGAUAGUUAUAGUAAUAACAAUAAUAAUGAUAAUGAUAAUGAUAACGAUAAUGAUAAUAAUGGUUUAAUGCCAGCGUAUCCACGUAAGUGGCUCUUCUUCUGAACAUACUAAAACUACUAACUAAAAAUUAGAAGGAUAACUGAAGGUUAAAUAUUUAUAGCUAUAUUUAUAUAGUAUUAUAUUAGAAUUAUGUACAUAUUAUAAGGUAUCUACAAGUGGCUGAUGAAAAAGAUAUAACAGAUGUUAAACCAUUUAGCAAAUAAAAAUGUGAAAAGAGAUAAAAACAAAUAUGAAAUAAAUCAAAUCAAAUCCAAAGUACGUAAAAUGAUUAAAGAAAAGUUACAGCAUAAGGCUAGUACAUCUGCAUCUCGUCUGUUCAGGGAUUAUAGUUAAGUUAUUUCACACCCAGGAUUACUUACUGAAUACGAUUUCGAAUAAAAGAGUGUGUCUUACGACAGAAGUAAUGAAAAUCGGUGCUAUUUCUUACAUGAACAGGAAUACUAUUAAAAAGCUGUGCAGCACUAUCUUGAAAGCUGCCAUUCUCUGGUGGGGUAACUGAUCGUUUUGCAGCAUUAGAAUGUUACAGACGUGUGUGGACAACCUCAUUGAUCUUCAGGCAUCAGAUGAUAAAGCCUUGAAAACAAGAUUAAGAAGAUGAGCCCAACUCAUUGUGUGUGUAGCUGUGGUCAACCUCAUUACCAAGGUUCUCUUCUACCGGCCUUCAUUUGUACCCAUACGGAUGGGUAGGAGAGAACCCUCAGAACAAGGUUGAGCUGAGGUUUGAGGGAAUGUAAUGUAAUUCCAUGGGAAAUAGAAUAACAAAGUGCUCUUUUUGGGAGAGCUUUGCUCCAACAAUUUGCUUACUGGGAAAGUUUCACAAAGAUGCACGUACAAAAAAUAGCACAGUUGACAAAAGAGGAGGCCUCAAUGACAGAGAAAGAGUCCUGACUUCAUUGCUGAAAAGACUUUUUGGCCGACCACCCCUCCCUCCCCUUUUCUAAGGGUCUGGAUGACUGGGCCCCCUCCUUAUCUCAAGGUCUGGAUCUGGCACUGGGUUUGAUCUGAGACCAAUUUUUACCAUAUUAUUAUACAUAUGAAUACUGAUUUUAUUUUCUAUUUAAGGUCAUGGCAAACUUGUUAUGGCAGAUGGCAGUUUUUAUGAAGGACAGUUUAUGGAUGGUGAAAUCCAGGGACAUGGAUUUCGUCGGUGGGUGUCAACAAAAAAUGAAUACACGGGACAGUUUGUAAAG